GGACCGGUGAGGAAGGUUGAGAAGAGGUCGAUUGGAUCUGAUGAGGUUGGUCGGAAAAGGGUACAGAGGUGGGGUUCGGUCAGGGCAAAGGGAGUUACUAUUACUAAGUCAUCACAUGGGCUCUCAAAAUCUCAGGACCGGACUUGAUCAUUUUGCCUAUAUAUACAUAAUCAUAUGAGCAAUAUUUCAGUACAAAGCAAACCAUGUCUUUCCCAGUAGCAGCUCAAGUAGCACACAGUGCUAAGCCAGAAAUUGUUCGGCAGACAGCAAAUUAUCACCCAAGCAUUUGGGGAGAUCGGUUCCUCAAUUAUGAUGAAAAAAACAUUCAGAUAACUUAUGACCAUAUGCAACAGCAAGUGGACCAACUGAAAGUAGCAGUGAGGAAGGAAGUAUUCACAACAAGUGCAGGUGAUUUUUCACAUCAGGUCAAGCUAAUUGAUGCAGUCCAGCGCCUUGGCGUGGCUUACCCUUUUGAAAGAGAAAUCGAAGAAGCCUUGCAACGUAUGCACAUUACAUAUCAUGACUAUGAUGGUGGUGAUCUCUACACUGUUGCUCUUGGUUUUCGGUUACUAAGACAACAUGGAUUUAAUGUUUCUUGCGAUAUAUUCAACAAGUUCAAAGAUAAAAAUGGUAACUUCAAGGAGAGCUUAACUGCUGAUGUUCCUGGGAUGCUAAGCUUUUAUGAAGCAGCACAUCUAAGGAAGCAUGGAGAAGACAUGCUAGAAGAGGCUCUUGUUUUCACCACCACUCACCUUGAGUCGGCAGAAACAACGGACGCACGAAAGCCACUGGCUUUACAGAUAACUCAAGCCUUAGAGAGACCUCUGCGGAAGGGUCUGGAGAGGGUAUGUGCCAGGGGUUACAUGUCAAUCUACCAGGAUGAUGCUUCACAUAGUGAAGCUAUAUUGAAACUUGCAAAGUUAGAUUUCAAUCUCGUUCAAUCUUUACACAAGAAGGAGCUCAGUGAGAUUACUAGGUGGUGGAAAGAACUGGACUUUGAAAAGAAGCUGCCUUUUGCAAGAGAUAGGAUCGUGGAGCUGUACUUUUGGAUAGUUGGAGUCUAUUUCGAACCGCAUUAUAUGGCAACAAGAAAAAUUCUUACAAAAGUGAUUGCCCUGGUAUCAGUUUUGGAUGAUAUCUACGAUGCAUUUGGCACAUACGAAGAACUCGUGAUCUUUACUGGAGCAAUUGAAAGGUGGGAUAUCAAUUGUAUGGAUGAACUCCCAGACUAUAUGCAAGUAUUUUACCAUACCCUCUUGAAUGUUUACGACGAAAUUGAGGAGGAGAUGGUAAAAGAAGGAAGAUCAUACCGAGUUCACUAUGCAAAAGAAGCUGUUAAAGCUCAAGCCCGGAACUACUUUGCUGAGGCCCAAUGGUUGCACAAAGACUACAUUCCAAGCAUGGAAGAGUAUAUGAGUGUAGCAACAGCUUGUGUUGGUAACACCUUGCUUUCAAUUACAUCUCUGGUUGGCAUGGGAGAUAUUGUAACGAAGGAAGCUUUUGAGUGGUUGUUGAAUGAUCCUAGAAUUCUUAGAGCUUCAAAUAUCAUUUUUAGGCUCAUGGAUGACCUUAGUGGAUACGAGUUUGAGAAAGAGAGAAAGCAUGUUGCUUCUAGUAUUGAAUGCUACAUGAAGCAAUAUGGGGUGCCAGAGCAAGAGGUGCUUCUUAUUUUUAACAAACAGGUUAUGGAUUCGUGGAAGGAUAUCAACGAGGAGUUCCUUAGACCAACUGAUGUGCCAAUGCCGGUCCUCAUGCGCGUUCUGAAUCUAACAAGAGUGGUUGAUCUCCUUUACAAAGGGGAGGAUGGCUACACACAUGUUGGGAAAGUGAUGAAAGAUAGUGUUGCUUCACUUUUUAUUGAACCCGUGCCUCUAUGAAUUGCGUCAUUCCUUAGAAUUAAUCUUAAAAAUAAGGUCAUUCCCAAGAAUUGAUGUUGUCAUGUUGAUUGUAUUUACGAGUUUUUGAGAGAGUUGGUUGUUGGGCUUGCUAUGCUGUAUUAAAAUGUUUCGGGCCAGACAUAAACUAAACCUUAAUAAAGAAACAUUUGUAUUAUCCACUAUCCCUUGGUCCAUAACUAUUUGCAGCUUCGAAAAGC